AUGGCGCAAGCUGGAGGAUCCUACAACAAUCCCUUGAAGAAGUUCAAGCUGGUCUUCUUGGGGGAACAAAGCGUCGGCAAGACGUCUCUCAUCACUCGGUUCAUGUACGACUCGUUCGACAACAUGUACCAGGCAACGAUUGGCAUCGACUUUCUCUCCAAGGACCGGACGGUACGACUACAGCUGUGGGACACGGCAGGCCAGGAGCGAUUCCGAAGCUUGAUCCCUUCAUACAUCCGUGACUCGAGCGUUGCCGUUGUCGUCUACGACAUCUCUAAUGCGAAAUCAUUCCAAAACACCAAAAAGUGGAUUGACGACGUCCGGGCAGAGCGAGGAAACGACGUCAUCAUCGUGCUGGUGGGCAACAAGACCGAUCUGAACGAUAAGCGAGAGGUCACGACCCAGCAGGGAGAGGAGGAGGCCAAGCGACAGGGGCUGAGGUUCGUCGAGACCAGCGCCAAGCUCGGCCACAACGUACAGAACCUCUUCAAGAGGAUAGCACAGGCCCUGCCCGGCAUGGAGGGAUCCGAUGCCGCUGCCCAGGCGACCAACCAAAUGAUUGAUGUGCGGACAAACACAACACAGCCUCCCCAGGAGGGUUGCUCGUGUUAA